AUGUUGGCAAUAAUGUUAAAAUUCGUCUGUCAUUCGUUUAAUUGACGUCUUUGAUACUCUGAUGGUUUUCGUAAUAUUUGUGGAUUAUUGCAAUUGUGUUUAGUCUUUACCCUUGGAUAAUUGAAUUUUAUCAUCGCCUUUAUUUAUAAAAUUCCUAAUAUUAGAAUGCGUUGGUUUGAGGCAGGUAUUUCAGAAGCUGUCACAUCCGCGAAAUCCAAAAAUGCAGUGUUUGUCGUGUUUGUUGAAGGACCAGAUCCAAUAUCUCAAAAUAUAGCUGCAACAAUCAACAGUGCGGAAGUCUCAUCCAAAUUAGAAAGUAACGAUUUCGUUGCCAUCAAGCUAUCCAGUGAUUCUCAACUGUACACGCAGUUUUCCCAAAUUUACCACAUUGUUCCUGUGCCAUCCAUAUUUUUCAUUGGGGGAAAUGGUGUCCCAGUGGAAGUUGUGGCAGGACAGAUUUCAGUUCCCGAUUUGGCAAAGAAGAUUGACGGUGUGCUAGAAAAACACAAACAUGCUCAAACUGGUAUGCCAGGCACCCUAACCCCUGGUGCAGCGACGCCCCAACCCCAGCCGGCUCCUUCUGCCCCCUCAGCCCCCUCUGCCCCGGCAGCUGAGGGAAGAACCAUCGAAGCUAGGUCGGUACUCGAACCUAGCACCUCAUCCAGCACAGCUUCCUCCGGAGGUAAUGCAGAUGGGAAGAGUGAGCUUGUGUCCAGUGAAGACAGAGAAGAGCGUAUGGAGAGAGCUAAAGAGUUGUUGGAGAAGAAACGAGCUCAGAAGCAGAAGGAGGAAGAAGAGAAGGAACGAGAGAAGGAGCUGGAGCGCAGGAAAGUGGGGCAGGACGUGCAGAAGCUGCGGCGCUGGCAGCAGGAGCAGGAGAUGAAGAGGCUGCUGGAGGAGCGGCAGCGGGAGAAGCAGGAGGCGGAGGCGGCCAAGGAGCGAGUGCGCAGGCAGAUCGAGGAGGACAAAGCGGAAAGGGCAGCGAGGUUCAACACUGCGAGGAAGCAAGAGCAGGAGGCCAGGGAGAGAGUGGCCAGCCAAGCAGCAGACUCGAGACAGUCCUACCAAUCUCAGAGCGAUGUGGCCCGCAUCCAGUUCCGCUUGCCGGACGGCACGACCAACUCCCACCAGUUCGCAGCCAGCAGCACACUGGCGGAGGUCCGUCGCUACGUCAUCGGUAACAUUCCGCUGCCGAGCAGAGAUUUCACUCUGUCCACAACGUUCCCACGGCGAGACUUGACGCCGUCUGAUAACGGCACCACUCUUCAGGACUUACAGCUUACUCCAACUGCAGUCAUCCUGGUCGUUCCGGCUGGCGUGCACUCGUCGCCAGCCUCGUCUAUGGACCUGAGCGUGGCGAAGCGCUUCAUGUGGACGCUGAUCGCUCCGGUGCUCUCCAUCCUCACAUACGUGCGGGGGCUUAUAUUCGGCCAGAAGUACGAUGGAGCGGCAGCUCAGCCGGGCGACGGGAGCCAAGCGCAGCCCAGGGAGUCCACCUCACAGCAGAACUUAAGGCGUCGUAAUGUGCGAGAGUCCGCUAUUCGCAGGGAAGGGAAUGUUCAUCGUUUGUCAAACCAGCAAGAUUCAAGUGAUGAUGAGAACAACACCUGGAAUGGAAAUUCAACCCAACAAAUGUGAACAUUUUGUUUGGCUAUUGUAUUUUAUGUGUAUAAUCUUCAAAUGCUAUGGUUUUACGUACAUAUUAAAACUUGUUUUCAGACACAAUUUUCUGCAAAUAUUUGGGAGUAUCAAAAUUGUUAGCAAUAAUUCAAGCUGUAUACACUUCUAGAAACCAAUUUUGUAUAUACUUUGUUAAAAAAUACAUGGGUGCUAAAAUAUGAAUAAAUUUAAAUGUGAGUGAUUUAAA